AUUUUUGGACUCUUCGAUGUCCAUGGCUUCUUCAAUGUCCAAUUAGUAGCCCUAAAAGUCUGUGAACCCACCGGCGAGCUUCUCAGAACCUUAGAUCGCCGAGGCAAGCGAAUCAUCGAUUUCGUCGACGAUCAGCCGACCAAGAAGCUCAGUGGUAUCAAUCGAGCGUCAAAGAAGGCGAUCUUUGAGGCUGUGACAG